AUGACGCUUACCAAUGACGUCUACAGCAGCAUCUCCAACAGUUCGACUGGUAGCAUGACCAAUGAUAUAUCGAACGGGAUAACCAACGGGGAAUCUGGUUAUCUGCACAAUGGCGACAAACCGUUUCGCAGGCGCCCGAUCGUGGUCGCAGGUUGUUCUGGAGGCACCGUUGACCGGAGCAGGGCCCUUCUCGAUCUUUCCAAGUUGCCCGAAAUCGACGUGAUCACAGGCGACUGGAUGUCUGAGGCUGACAUGACGGUCAACGGCACCCGGAGAUCGCAAUUGAAAAAGGAGAUCGGCUCGAUAGAGGCUCUCGGGCUGUCUCGAGAAGCCUACCACGGCAAUUUUCUGGAGAAAAUCCAGCCCGCUCUCAAGUACCUCGCACAGAACAAUACCAAGGUUGUCUGCAAUGCGGGGGGGAGCAAUCCUCACGGUCUGGCCGAGGCGGUCAAGGAACUCAUCAAGCAAGAAGGGUUGACCCUUCGCGUCGCUUGGGUCGAGGGGGACGACGUGACCGAGCCGGUUGUGGAUUUGAUCCGGUCUAAGACGGUAGAGUUGACCAACAUCACGACAGGUAAGGAUAUCCACAGCUGGGGGUUUGAACCCAUAUCCGCACAAUGCUAUCUAGGGGCUUCGGGCAUCGCUCAGGCGUUAAAGGACUCAGACAUUAUCAUUUGUGGCCGGGUCGCCGACUCGUCCCCUUGCAUCGGAGCCGCUAUCUGGUGGCAUGGAUGGGAAGCCGACAAUUACAAGGCGUUGGCAUCGAGUCUGGUCGCCGGCCACCUAAUCGAGUGCAGCACCUACGCCACAGGGGGUUGCUACUCGGGAUUCAAGAAAUGGCAGGGCAAGGCGGUGGAUCUGGGCUUUCCCAUUGCACAUAUCAGUCAUACCGGGGAUUUCGAGAUCUCCAAGGAGCCCGGCCGGGACGGCGAGGUCUCGGUGGAGACCCUGACGACGCAGUUAGUCUACGAAAUCCAGGGCCCGUUGUACUACAACUCAACCGUCGUUGCGUGUCUCGAAGGCAUCCGAAUGGAAUCAGUCGGACCUGACCGAGUCCGAGUCACCAGGGUCGAAGGUCUUCCGCCGCCGCCGACGACAAAGGUCGGCAUCACGGCAUUGGGCGGUUAUCGCGCUGAGUAUCACAUCUAUCUGACCGGUCUGGACAUUAAGGAAAAGGCAGAGAUGGUCAAAACGCAGACGAUAGCCGCGAUGGGCCCUAAGGUCCACCAGCAAUUUAAACGGCUGGAAUUCCAAGUAGUUGGUUCCCCGGACCCGGAUGCUCGAUCCCAGGAUGCGGCGACCGUAGAUCUACGAAUCUUUGCACAAGCGUCGGAUCCCGAACUCCUAGCGCCGGGCAAGUUUCUGACCUGGUGUAAAAUGAACAUCCUCCAAGGUUGUCCGGGACUGACCCCAGUUACAGACCCCCGACAGGGGACGGCUAAGCCUUACUACGAGUACUGGGUUGCUCUGCUGGACCAGUCCCUAGUGAAGGAAAGCGUCCAUCUACAUGAUGGCGAGGUUCUUCACAUCUCUUCUCCCGCCGUGACACGGACGUACCCUUCUCAGCAAAAGUCCUACGAUCCCAGCGACCCUGUGUCGGCCGAGACUUGGGGCCCAACCACUCGAGUGCCUCUCGGUUAUGUCGUUCUCGGACGCUCCGGAGACAAAUCAUCUGAUGCCAACCUUGGCCUGUUUGUGCGACACGAUGACGAGUGGGAUUGGUUACGCUCGACGUUUACCAUCUCGAAAUUGAAGGAACUCCUCGCAGACGACUACCUUGGCAAGCCGAUCGACCGGUUCGAGAUCCCAGGCCUGAAGGCUGUCCACUUCUUGCUCCACGAUCAUCUCGAUGGGGGAUAUAGUGCCGGAUCCACGUUGGACUGUCUGGGGAAGAAUUUGGUCGAGUACAUUAGAGCCAAGGCCAUUGAUGUACCUGUCAAAUUCGUGGAGAGGGGAAGAAUCUAG